AGUUGGUAGAAGAGCUCACAACUUCAGGAGAACCCCGACUAAAUCCUGAGAAAAUGAAGGAACUGAAGAAAAUUUGCAAGUAUGUCUUAGGGUUCAGUAAUUCACAGUAACUGACUGGCCCACUGAGCCCAGUACACACAGGGCCCCCUGCCUGCCCCACCUGGGCGAGAACCACCCGAGGGACACACACCCAGGACAUUUUCUCAGGGCCCUGCAGUGCCCAGCUCUGACCGGUGGUCGUGGUCCUAGGGUCAGGGCGUGUGGCAUUGGGAACACAUCAGUGCACUGCUGCUGUUGCUCCUCUUCGUGCCCGUGUGCAUGGUGUAGAGAACGUGAUAUAGGAGUUCUUGAGUGCACAUACAUGAUUUAGAAAGAAACGUACGUCUUUUUCUUUGCUGUUGGACUUUGCAAAGGGAGAGACUAGAGCUUGCUGCUGGGCGAGUUGCUCCCUCUGCAUUUACAGUGUGUCUGCUCAUGUCUCUCCAAGGAAAACGCUGGCCAGGGUCUCUGCCAGUCACUCCGAGGCAGCCAGAGACUCGGGGGGAAGCAGAGGUUCCUCUUGGAGGCUGAAGCAUAGGUUGAGGACACUGAUUAUCUUGGUUCCUGUGUUUGUAAAACGGGAACUUACAGAUUGUUUAUGGUGAUGGUGUUCAUAUUUUGAUAUAAAAUUUCAGGUCAGGUUUCUUAGCAUGCCCCAGGAAAUCCAAAUCACAGUGGUUUAUGUGGGGCUGGGAAGAGGAGCAGUCAGGAGGCGCCGGAGACGUCAGCAGCACUAGGCCUUUCCUUCCUUGCUGCAGCAGGAGGCACCCAGCUGAGCAGUGCCUGUUUGUGCUGGGAGGUGUGCGUUUGUGCCGGGAGGUGUGUGUUUGUGCCACGCGGUGUGAGUUCGUGCCGGGAGGUGUGCGUUUGUGCCACGCGGUGUGAGUUCGUGCCGGGAGGUGUGCGUUAGUUCUGGGAGGUGUGUGUUUGUGCCUGGCGCUGUGUGUUCCUGCUGGGUGGUUUGUUUCAGGCUUUGCUGUAAGGCCUCAGCUCUGUGAAUGCAGCUGCAGAUGAUGCAGGUGGGUAGAUGGCCGCCUUCCAGUGAAAAUUUGUGAAUGGGCACUGCGUUUGAAGUCUGCAUCAUUUUCAUGUCUCACCAAGUAUUUUUUGCUUGUUCCAACAUUCCUGGCUUGUGGCCCACACAGAAACAGGCCAGGCCGGGGAGCUAGAGGUGGGCCUUGGGCAGUAGUUUGCAGACCUGCUCUAGAAAAGGGGAGAGGAAAGAUGGAAAGUCAGUGAUGUCCUGUGUCACACGUGUGCGGCAUCCCCGCAUGGAGAGCCUUCCUCACCCGUCCUCCCUGUGCGGGCGUUUGGGUCAGGCCGGCUCACAUCCCCAGGUCUUCAGAGGAGCAGCUGAGCCGCACCUACCGCCUGCUGAUAGCACAGCUGGCCCAGGAGCACGCCGAGAUCCGCCUCUCAGCCUUCCAGAUUGUGGACGAGCUCUUCGCCAGGUCUCACCAGUUCCGGGUGCUGCUUGUUUCCAACUUCCAGGAGUUCCUGGAGCUCACGCUGGGCACGGACCCUGCACAGCCUCUGCCGCCCCCCAGGGAGGCGGCGCAGAGGUUGAGGCAGGCAGCCACCCGGGCCGUGGAAGGGUGGAAUGAGAAGUUCGGGGAGGCCUACAAGAAGCUUGCCUUGGGCUACCACUUCUUAAGACACAACAAAAAGGUGGAUUUUCAAGAUGCAAAUGCUCGAACUCUGGCCGAAAGAAAGAGAGAAGAGGAGAAGCGGAAGCACUUGGAUAAAAUUUACCAGGAAAGAGCCAGCCAGGCGGAGAGAGAGAUGCAAGAAAUGUCGGGAGAAAUGGAAUCCUGCUUGACGGAGGUGCAGAGCUGCUUUAGGCUGUUGGUACCGUUUGACUUUGACCUUGGCCCGAGCCUGGAGACAGAAUCCCUCGGCAUGGCUCCUGGCGCGUCUGAUGCCCCCAGCUCCUCCCGCGCCGGCCAGGUGGGCCCUUGCCAGUCUGGCCCUCCUGACCCCCAGGACGGGGAGCAGCCCUGCUGCAGUAGGGACCUGCCUGCCUCUGCAGGCCAACCCGGAGUGGGCGGCGGGACACUGCCGCCCCAGGCAGCUGCGGGGGACCCCUCAGAUGAGGACGAGGACAGCGACCUCGAGGAGUUUGUGCGGAGCCACGGGCUGGGCUCGCACAAGUACACGCUGGAUGUGGAGCUCUGCUCAGACGGCCUGAAGGUGCAGGAAAACGAGGACAACCUCGCUGUGGUCCACGCCGCCCGUGACACACUUAAGCUCAUCCGGAAUAAGUUCCUGCCGGCCGUUUGCUCCUGGAUCCAGCGCUUCACCCGCGUCGGGACCCACGGCGGAUGUUUAAAACGCGCCAUUGACCUGAAGGCAGAACUGGAGCUUGCCCUGAGGAAAUACAAGGAGCUGGACAUCGAACCUGAGGGAGGGCAGAGCCGCAGGACAGAAGCCCUGGGGGAUGCGGAGGACGACGAGGACGAUGAGGACUUCGUGGAGGUGCCUGAGAAGGAGGGGUAUGAGCCCCGCAUCCCUGACCACCUGCGGCCUGAGUAUGGGCUGGAGGUGACACCUGAGAAGGACCCGGCUGCACGGGGCUUGCGGAUGAGGAUGAGGAGGGACGAGGAGGCGUCGGACCCCACCUCUGCGGCUGCUCAGCUGCGGCGGCUCCAGGACCACUUGCCCCAACCCUCGUCUGCCAGCUCCUCCAGAGUGUUGCUGGAGCCAGCGGAGGCCCAGAAGCUGGCAGCAGAGCGGGCCCGGGCGCCUGUGGUGCCCUACGGUGUGGACCUGCACUACUGGGGCCAGGAGCUGCCCACAGUUGGGAAGAUCCUCAAGUCUGACUCCCAGCACCGCUUCUGGAAGCCCAGUGAGGUGGAGGAGGAAGCGGUCAACGCCGACAUCUCCGAGCUCCACAGCCGCCACAUCACUUUUGCGGGGACGUUCGAGCCAGUGCAGCACCGGUGCCGCGCCCUGAGGCCAGAUGGCCGGCUCUGUGAGCGCCAAGACCGGCUGAAGUGCCCUUUCCACGGGAAGAUCAUUCCCAGAGACGAUGAGGGACGGCCACUCGACCCAGAGGAGAGGGCCCGGGAGCAGCGGCAGCAGCGGCAAAAGCAGGAGCGCCCAGAAUGGCAGGACCCUGAGUUGAUGAGAGAUGUGGAGGCAGCCACAGGGCAGGAUCUCGGCUCGUCCAGGUACAGCGGGCAAGGCCGGGGGAAGAAGAGGAGGUACCCCCACCUCACCAACCUGAAGGCCCAGGCUGACACUGCCCGCGCUCGCAUUGGGAGGAAAGUCUUCGCCAAGGCAGCUGUCCAGAGGGUAGUUGCAGCCAUGAACCGGAUGGACCAGAAGAAGCACGAGAAGUUUUCAAACCAGUUUAACUAUGCACUGAAUUAGAGAGCGGCGCCCAAGGCACCCUCCGCACCUCUUCUCCCUCUGCCAGUGCCUCAGGACACCAGAGUGGGUGUGGGUCUGGGCAGUGACCAUGCUUUGUCUAUUACUGUGUUUGAUGUAAAGGAAUGUAUUAAAAUGCCCUGAGUGGGCUCUUUGCUGCACCAUCUGCUGACAGGUCUGGCCAUGCCAAGAAUAGGCCCUUGAGCCUGGAGAUGUGAACCUGUGCAGUGAGCCUGUUCCCAGAGGGCGUCUGAGAGUUCUUGUGGAGCCACUGCCUGUGGUGGGGCAGAAAGUGUGUGCAGCUCCACCUUCAGGGCACGCAUCCCCCAGCCAGGAGGCCACCGCUCAGAGGAGCUCUGGGGAAGCCCACUUUUGUGCAAAUGCUGUUUUUAACACAAACACCAAGGCUAGGGAACCAUUCACUCACCUGCUUCUGUUUCUGGAUGUGCCUUUUCAUACAACGUGUGGUCUUUUGUGUGCUGAAGACUGAUACCGAGCAUCUUCUCGCGUGCCUACUGGCCACUUGUAUGUCUUUGGAGAGGAGUCUUUCAAAUCUUUUUCCUGUUUUUAGUUGGAAUUGUCUGUCUUGAGUUGUAACAGCUUUUUUUUUUGUCUUAGAGAUGGGCUUUCACCCUUACCCAGGCUGAGUGCAGUGGUACAAUCAUAGCUCACUGCAACCUCAGACUCUGGGGCUCAAGCCAUCCUCGCUCAUCAGCCUCCCAAGUAGCUGGGACUACAGGCGCACGCCACACGCUUGGCUAAAUUUUUAAAUUUUUUGUAGAGACGAGGUCUCACUGUGUUGCCCAGGGUGGUCUCAAACUCCUAGCCUCAAGCGAUCCUCCUGCUUCAGUCUCCCAAAUUGUUGGGAUUGCAGACAUAAGCCACGGCUCCCGGCCACGAGUUUUGUGUAUUGUGAGUACUGGAUCCUCAUGUGGUUUGUACAGACUUUCUUCCAUACUGUCUUUUCACUUUCUGGAUAGUGUCCUCUGAAGCACAAAAGUUCAUUUUGAUGAAGUCCAGCAGUUUAAUCUGUUGUUUUGUUGCUUAUGUUUUUACUGUCACAUCUCAGCAGCCGUGGCCCAGUCCGGAAUCAGAGAUUUGCACCAAGUUUCUAAGAAGCAUGUACAGUGUCAGCUCUCAGGUGUCGAUCUUGGCCCGCUGUGAAUGAGGCUAUGUGUGUGGUGUAAGAGCCCACGUUCUUCUGCAUCUGGAUAUCCCACAUGCACCAUUUGCAUGGUUAGCCCAGCACCAUUUGUUGAAAACAUUAUUUUUCCCUGGUGAAUUAUCUUGGCACCCUUGUUGAUAAUCACUUGACCAAAAAGGCACAGGUUUAUUUCUGGGCACUCUGUCCCAGUGACCUGUCAGCCUUACGCCUGCACCGCAAUGCGUCGGUCAGUGUGGCCAUGUUGGGGCCGGUUUCACUUUGUUCUCUUUCAAGGUUGUCUUGACCACUCUGCAUCCCUCGCAUUUCCAAAUGAAUUUUAGGGUCUGCUCCUCAGCUUCUUCAAACAAACAAACAAAAUAGGAACUGCGUUAAAUCUAGAGAUUGCUUUGGGCUGCAUCACAUCUUAAUGUUGAAUCUUGAGUCCUGAGCUUCUGACUCUCUCUCCAUUUACUUGGGUCUUUUAUAAUUGAUUUCAACAGUAUUCUGUUGUUUUCAGUAUCUAAGUCUUACACUUACUUUGUUAAAUUUACUCCUAAGUGUUUCAUUCUUUUUGAUGUGUAACCAAAAGGAUUAUAAAUGCAAUUAUAAGUUUAUUUGUUCUCUGAAUUUCAUCAUUGCUAAUACGUGGAAGUACAGCCGACUUUGCGUAUUGAUCUUGUAUCCUGCAUUCCUUGCUGAACCUGUUUCUUCUCAGCAGUCUCGUGUUCCCUCAGAUUUUCCAUACACAGAAUCAUGUCAUCUGCAAACAGCUUGCUUUCUGGUCUGGAUUUCUUUUGUUUCUCUGAGCUAACUGCUCUGGUUAGUACCUCUGGGACAGCGUUGAGUAGAUGUGGUGAGGGCAGGCAUCCUUCUCUUAUUCCUGGUCUUAGCGGGACGCUCUCAGCCCUUCACCCUUGAGUGUGAUGCUGUCUCAGGUUGAAGACGUCACUUCUACUCCUGGCUUGAGUGUUUUUGUCAUAAAGGGUUGAAUUUCGUCGGAGCUUUUUCUCGUCUGUUGAGAUGAUGGUUUGAUUCCUGUCCUUUACUCUGGUGAGGCGGCAUGCUACAUUGUUUCUCCUGUUGGACCCACCUUGCUUUAAUGGGAUGAAUUGUGCUUGUUCCUGGUGUCUGCCCUUUCUCUGUGCUGCUGGAUUGCUUUGCUAGGAUUUUGCCUCUAUGUUGAUGAGGGACGUUGGUCUGUGGUCUUCUCGUGAUGUGCGUCUGGCUUCAGCCACAUCAAUACUGACCUCAGAGACUGAGGUGGGAAGUGUUCCCUCCCCUCUUAUUUUUUGGAAGAGUUGUGAAAGAUUGUUGCUAGUUAUUUAAACAUUUGGUGGAAUUUACUGGUAAAUUUACUGCUGGGCUUUUCUUUGUGGGAUUUUUUUUUUCUAAUUCGGUAUCUUCACUUCGAGAUCUGUUUAGAUUUUCUGUUCCUUCUUGAGUCAGCUUCAGUAGUUUAUCUUUCUGGGAGUUGGUCCCUUUCUAGGUUAUGUGUUGCAGUCUGUUUACAUAUAAUUGUUCAUAGCAUUUAAACAUUUCUUUUAACUGACAAGGCCUCACUCCGUUGCCCAGGCUGGAGUGCAGUGGUGCAAUCAUGGCUCACUCCAGCCUCAGACUCAUGGGCCCAAGUGAUCCUCCCACCUCAGCCUCCCCAGUAGGUAGGAAUACAGGCAUGCACCACCACAUCCAGCUACUUUUCUUUGUCUUGGUUUGGUUUGGUUUGAGAGAGUCUCGCGCUGUCACCCAGGCUGGAGUGCACUGGCGUGACCGUGGCUCACUAGCCUUAACCUCCCAGACUCAAGUGAUCUUCCCAUCACAGCUUCCUGAGUAGCUAGGACUACAGGGGCAUGUCACUGUGACUGGCCAAUUUUUUUAAACCUUAUUUUUGGUAGAGAUGGGGGUCUCACUAUGUUGCCCAGGCUGGUCUCGAACUCCUGACCUCAAGAAAUUUUCCCGUCUUAGCCUCACAAAGUGCUGGGAUUAGAGACAUGAGCUACCGCACUCACCCCUACUUUUCUUAAAAAUUUUUCUGUAGAGAUGGGAUCUUGCUGUGUUGCCCGGAUUGGUCUCAAACUCCUGGCCUGAAGUGAUCCUCCCACCCUGACCUCUCAGCGUGCUGGGAUUGUGUCCUGUGGUUUUGGUCAUUCUCUUUCACUCCCCCAGUCAGUCCAGCUGAAGAUUUAUCAGUCGUGUUGAUCUGUUAAAGAAACAGUGGUUUUAUUCUUCCAUUCUUUGUUCUGUUGAUCUCCACUGCGGUCUUCAUCAUUUCCUUUGGAGUUUCAUUUUCUCUUCUUUUUCUUGUUUCUUAAGAUGGAAAAUUGACUUAUUGAUUUGAAAUCUUUCAACGUAGAUAGAAUAUAGAAAUCUUUCCAUUUAUAUAGCUAUACAUUUUUAUCUGAGUGCUGAUUUAUUUCAUUUCCUAAGUUUUGGUAUAUUGCAUUUUGCCUUUUUUAAAUCUCAAAGUAUCUUCUGAUUUCUCUGGUGAUGUCUUUUACCUCUUGGUUAUUUAAGAGUGUGUUGUUUGAUUUCCACAUAUUUGUGAAUUUCCGAAAUUUCCUUCUGUUACUGAUUUCUUUUCUUUUUUUUGGUUUUGAGAGACAGGAUCUCACUUUGUCUCCUGGGCUGGAGUGCAGGGCCGUGAUCACAGCCCACUGCAGCCUUGACCUCACACCUCAGCCUCCCCGGUAGCUGAGAUUAUAGGUGUGCACCACCAGGCCUGGCUAAAUUUUUAAAAAUUUUGUUGUAGAGACAGGGUGUGACUGUGUUGCCUAGGCUGUGUUGGAAAUCCUGGGCUCAAGUGAUCCUCCUGCUUCGGCCUCCCAAAGCAUGAGCCCCUGUACCUGGCCUGUUAGUGAUUUCUUAUUUCACUCCGUUGUGGCUAAAGAACAUACUCUGUAUGAUCUGCCUUCUUUUGUAUAUGUUGAGAGUUAUUUUAUUGGCGUACCGUAUUUUCUGUCCCCGAGUACUGAAGCGUAUCUCUCCUGCUCCUGUUGGGUGGCGAGUUCUUUAGAUGCCUGUUAGGUCUCUGUGGUUUAUGGUGGUGUUUUUGUCUUCUCUUCCCUUCCUGAUCUUCUGUCUAGUGAUGUUGAUGUUGAAUGUGGCCUACUGAACCCUUCAAUGGUGUCAGCUUUUGUUUGGUACAUUUCGAAGCUCUGUUGAGUGCAUCUGUGUUUCCGUGUGAUGAACAGACCCUUUAUCAUCUCGACGUGUCCUUCUCUGCCUCUGGUAACAAAGGUUGUGGUAAAGUCCCUUUCAUCUGAUACUGGUAGAGCCACUCUUCUGAUUGCUGUUUGCGUCGUACCCUUUUCCACCCUUUUAUUUUCAUUGUAUCUCUGAGUGUGAAGUGUUUCUUGUAGGCAGCAUAUAGAGGGGUGAUGUUUGUAAUCUGUUCUGCUGCUCUCUGCUGUGAGAGAGGGAUGUCUAAUCCAUUUACAUGCAGUGUGAUGACGGAGAAGGCUGGCUGUAUAGCUACCAUUUCUAAGUUUGUUUCCUAGAUUGCCUUUUUUUUGUCUUUCUUCCUGUAUUUGACAUUUAAUUCUAUUGUAACAUUGUAAUUUCCUUGUCUGUUCUACUGGGUUUUUAAAAAGUAGUUUUCUUAGGGCUGCUGUGUUACUGUAACAACUUAAUCAGGUGCUCAGAUGACUUAUGUACAGAGACUGUAGCUUUGUUUCCCGUCAGCUUCUUGGUGCUGUUUUCAUGGUACAGAUGCCACCUUGUAGACUGUAAGCCCAUCAGCAGUCUCGUAAUGACUUCUUUGUGCCGUUGUCAUUUAAGGCACGUAGCAGAGGAAAAUGUACGAGCAGAAGUGAGUUGCCGCCGUCCCCGUCGCUGGUUUUGCAGUUGUCUCGGGCGCUGUUUGUGUGGAUUUGCUUGUAGCGUCUUGGACUUCAGCCCGAGUAUUUCUUGCAGGACAGAUCUAGUAAUGAAUUCUCUAUUUUUAUUUAUCUGGGAAUGUUGUCAUUUCUCCUUCACCUUUGAAGACUAAUUAUGCUGGAUAUAGCCCUCUUGGUUGGCCCUCUUUUUCUUUCAGUACUCUAAAGAUGUCGUCCCACUGCCCUCUGGCCUCCGUGGUUUACAGUAGAAGCCAGCCACUGACCUGGUGGGAGGCACUGCCCUGUGUGUCGGUCUCUCUGGCCUCUGUGGUUUCCGGUAGAAGCCAGCCACUGACCUGGCGGGAGGCACUGCCCUGUGUGUCUUGGUCUCUCUGGCCUCUGUGGUUUACAGUAGAAGCCAGCCACUGACCUGGUGGGAGACACUUCCCUGUGUGUGGGUCUCUCUGGCCUCUGUGGUUUACAGUAGAAGCCAGCCACUGACCUGGUGGGAGGCACUGCCCUGUGUGUCGGUCUCUCUGGCCUCUGUGGUUUCCGGUAGAAGCCAGCCACUGACCUGGCGGGAGACACUGCCCUGUGUGUGGGUCUCCUUCGCUUCUGUUUUACUGAGAGUGUCUAGUUGUGGGUCUCUGAGUGUGUCUUACUUGCAGUUCUUUGAGUUUUGUGGAUAUAAAAGUUAAUAUUUUUCAGCCAAUUUGGGAAAUUUUGGGUCGUUGUUCCUCAAUAUUCUGUGUCCCUCGUUUCCGUCUUCUCCUCGGACUCCGGUUGUGUGUAUGGGUGUGGAGCUGGGCAGAGCUUUGGGGGCUUCUCUCACUCACCCUUAUUCCUUUCUCUUCUCAUAAUGGAGUGGAGCGACUCAACUCACCUGUCUUCAAGGUCAUGGAUGCUUUUGCCAAACAAAACCUGAUGUCCGGCUGCUUAGUGUGUCUCAUUUAUUGUACUUUUCCAAACUUCCAUUUGCUCCUCUUCUAUAAUUCCUGUAUCUUCACUCACAUUCUUUACUAGUGAAGCAUCAUUUUCAUACUGUAAUUCUGAGGAACAGCUUUCUGUAGUUAUUUGAACAUAUUUAUAGAAGCUGAUGUAAAGUACUUGUCUAGGCUGGGGGUGGUGGCGCACACCUGUAGUCCCAGCUACUUGGGAGGCUGAGGCAGGAGAAUCUCUUGAACCUGGGAGGCGGAGGUUGCAGUGAGCCGAGAUUGAGCCAGUGCACUCCAGCCUGGGCCACAGAGUGAGACUCUAUAUCCAAAAAGAGAUAGAGAGAGAGAGAGAGAUUAGAGAGAUAGAGAUGUACGGACAGACGGAGGACCUGUCAAGUAAGUUUAACAGAAGGGCUUAUUCAGCGGCCUUUUGAUGGCCUUUUUUCUCAUGUAUGAGCCAAGGAAGUAACAUCCUCUUUCUUUGUGGUCUCAGUAUAUUUUUUAAGACUGGACCCUUCGGUAGUGUGCUGUGCAGCUCUGGAAGUCAGAUGCCCUCUCCACGAGCCUGUUUUCUGUUGCUGUUACCAUUUGUUUAGUGUACGGACUGAUUUGAAGCGUCCACCUAGUCAGCUUCAUGUUCAGCCGGUGACUGGACAGAGGUCCUCUUCAGUGCUUUGUGCCAGUACUCCUGGUUCUGCCAGAUGCUGAGCGUGCCUUCAGCGCUCACGCAGUAGCUGCCCCCGUGCCUCUUCACUUCUCACUUGCACAUAGCCACAGGCCGGCGAGAGGUGACAGGGUGCUGCUCGGGCCUCUCGGCACACACAGCGCUGUGCUUAUGCACCGCCUUCCAUGCCUCCAAGAGUGGAGCUUCUCAGCAACCACCCUGGGCAUCUCAUUCUUGAGAUCUUCCUUUCAGGAGUUUUGGCCACCUCCUGUCUGCCCCAGCUGGCACCAGCAACGUGCAGUGUUACACAGCAGCUGCCGCUGCUUCACAGACACCUCCGGAGCCAGCUGAGCCGGGCCAAACAGCAACAGGGCCUCCGAGUGGGAUUUUUCCAGGAAGCAGCCAGACAAGUCAGAUGGUGAUGAUUCUGCAGGGGUGGGGCCUUGGGUGGCUGCAAACCGGGUCCUCCCUGUCUCCAGGCACAGGGCAUGAGGCUGCUGGUUGCAGAGGCUGCUGCGGAGCUGGGGAAGGGACAUGGGAACACUGCAAGUUAGAUGCCAUGGAGCUCCCUGCUCUUACCAGAAUCCGGCCAUUUUUCUUAAAACACUCUUGGAUUGUUACAAGCCUUCUCUUCAUCUCCAGAGCUUUGAAAAGCAGAUUUGUCAGUUACUUUUCUCCUGUCUUAUUGGCGUAUUUCCCAUUCAACUGUGGGAGCUUGUGGGCUUCCAAGUUAAGAACUUGGGGGCUGUGUGAUGUGUUGCAAAGCAUCUCCUCAGUUUGCCUUCUGAUUUUCCUUUGGUUUUGCCAUGUAGGUUUUUAUGUAGUUGAAAUGCCAGUCUUGUCUUGGCUUCUGAGUUUUGUGUCCUAGAGUGCUCUUCCCCACUCAGAGAUUAUGUUUGAAAUUUUUUCCAUGUUUUCUUCUAGUACUUUUAUGGGUUUCGUUUUCACAUUGAAAUCAGUGAUCUACUUCUAAUUUUUUGAUAUAAAAUGUGAGCCAGGAAACCUAGUUUUAAAAUUUCAAAUAGCUGCCAGGUGUCCCUGCACCGCCGAUGAGCAAGUCCAUGCCUGUGCUGACCUGGAGUGCCCGCCUGCUCACCAAGGCCUGGCACGGUGGCCCUGUGGUUUCCUGUCCCGCUGGCCACGUCAGACAGUUACUGUAGGUUCCACUCACGGUGGCUUUUAAAUACGUUUAUGUCAGAGACCCCUUUUCUCUUUCUGUCCACCUCGAGAUAAACUGGGGCUGUUGGGAUGAGAUGGAAGAGGAAAGAUGUUUUUGUAAAAGUGAAUUCAGGACUGAUUUGUUAGCUUGGUGCUUUUUAUAUCAGACCCUGUAAUGAAUUUUCCUGAAAGCUUAUUAAAAGAAAAGCCUGCGA